GCCACCCCACAGAACGAACCAACCGAACGAUCCGCGACUCGUGCUGUGUGUUGUAGUCGAAGAUAAACAGAGGAACGACAUCUUCAUUUUUGGAGCGAUAGGAAAAAGCGAUCCGACGACUACUGAAUUCUUCGCAUCUUCGCGGGUGUGAAUGAUUUGGUGCGUGCGAGGCCGCUAGAAUAUUUGGACUUUUUCGAGGGACUCAAUCGACACAAGACAAGACAUCAUGAUGCUGCGUUAUUUCACAAUUCUAGCCGCGACGUCGGUCACCGUCGUCUUUGGCCAGUCGGAGACGCUUUCUAUGACGCUUUCUACAGCGCCUACUGCGUCGGACACUGCGAGUGCCGCCGCUGCGACACACACCAUUAAAGUCGGGUUCCCCGUCGGACAGCAUGCGUUUUCGCCGGAGAAUACAAAGGCGGAGAUCGGUGAUACCAUCGUCUUCGAGUUCCUCCCCAAAAAUCACUCCGUUGUGCUCAUGGACCAACUUUCUCCCUGUAUUCCAUAUGAUAUGGCCGGACACCCGGCCAGCGAUCUGUGGUGGUCUGGUUUCUGGCCGGUUGAGAAGGCGGAAGAUCCUAAAUAUUACACCAGGGUUGUAGAGAGCAAAGACCCAAUGUGGUUUUAUUGCUCGGCUCCGGAUUCGUGUAAGACUUAUGGAAUGGUCGGCGCCGUCAACGCCAAAAACCCCGCCGUGGAUCUCGCCGCGGCACAGAAGGCUGCCAAAGCCGUCGACUUCUCAUUAACCCCCGGCGAGUCGAUCCCUGACGAGCAGAGUACCGGCGCCAAAUCCACAUCGACCCCAGCAGCCUCAUCCGGCAGCGGCGGCGACAGUGGUGGCGGCCUCUCCGGCGGUGCCAUCGCCGGAAUCGUAAUCGGCGCGGUCGGUGCCUUUGCCCUCGUGGGACUCCUCUUCUUCUUCGUCGGCCGCAAGAAGAAGGCCGCCGAGCUCAAGAACAAGACCGCCGGCAGCGACGCCGAAGCCGCCGCCGCCGCCCCAACCGCCGGUGGAGAGCACCCGCCCAUGUACCAGGACCCACGAUACAGCAUGAUGCAGCAGCCGCAGUCGCCGGGUCCCGAGCAGUGGGGCGGCAUGAAGGGUGGCCACCAGAGCUACGUCCCCGAAACUGUCGACCACUCCUACGAGGCCGGAAACCCCAACCGCAUGAGCGAGCUCCCCAGCCAGAGCUACGAUCCCGUCGAGAUCUACACACCCGGCGUACAAGAGCAGAUUGCGGGCACGCCGAGGACCCCGGUGGAGAAUGCGAGGGUUUAAGACCCUGAUGGAGGAUUCGAGGCGAGACCCUGUGGAUAUUUCUGUUCGCCUCUUUUUUCUUACUUUUUUUGUU